AUGCUUGCGGCGAAACUCAAGGUUCUUGCAGAUAACCGACUGUGGGAAGCGUCGAUCCUCAGGCUUACCGCCAAAGGACCACCAGGGCUCAGAACACCAAGUACCUCGGGAGAACCCACGCUGAACCCCGCUUCUCCACUUAAACAGCGUUAUGGGAAACACCUCAUGACCUGGGAGAUCUUUAUAAAGGCUAAUUUGAAAAUCAUCACUUCCUCCCAAGAAGCCCACCAUGCAGGGUUUCAGAGCGAAGCCUUUGUUCCUACUGACUCUAGUCUAUGUGGUUUCUGCCACGGUACCCUUACCGCCCAUUCUUACCACCGCCCCGCCCGUUGGGCCCACUCUUACCACAGCACCGACGUCGACGACAUGUAUCCAGUAUCCCUGUCCGCCAUGUCCACCAGGGUCGUCGGUGACCUGGCCUCCACAUACCCCAGGUCAAUGUGGUGUCCUUUGUGGUUGUGCCCCAAUGACGACCACUACAACAUCGCAACCACCUUCAAUCACAAUCACCACCAAACCCUCACCAACCACGACUUCGUUCUGUCCUAUCCCACCUUGCGCCAAAUGCCCUCCAGGAUCUUCGAACAUCUUGACCAGCACUGGGACCUCGUGCCCUUGGUGUAG